AUGCCGGAAUCUCCUCCCAGUCCAGAACAGACGCCCGAGAUGAAGCCAACAGCGCCAGCUGCGAUUCCCACCAGCAGAAACUCGACUGCAGCCUCUCCGACUUUGGAUGAAGUGACUGGGACAUCUGUUGCUACUAGCACUGCUCCUAGCAUGAGUGAAUGGACAAAGAACCAUGGUGCGCUUGCCGGCUCGCCCAACCUGAUUAGUCUUAUGGGCGAGUCACCGCCUACUCAACCCUCGUCAUAUGAGGAUCACAAACCUCAUCCUGCCUGGAUACAGCAGAGAGCUGCCGCUAAUAACUAUGCUGUCUCGGCGUCGCCGCCAACUGCGGGUCGUCGGCCUUUGAGCUUUCAUAUGGAUAACCACUACCAAGGCCAUGAUAUUCGUUCUCAGGCUUCUUCACCUCCCGGUAUCAGGCGGGGCUCGAUGCAUUCGCCCUUUUCCAAGCCUCGCAUGGCAGCUAAUCCACCCCUGCCGCAUCAAGCACAAGCUCAUUUCUACGGGGCUCCAGAUCUAGAUCUUGAUCUCGGCCCGCAAGACGGGCUCAAGGCAGGCGAGCGCGGCUACUAUUUUGGUUUUGAUACCUGUCCUAGCUCAAAUCUUGUCCAUGGUAUCACUGGCAACAAUGUUGUCUUGGCUGGGUAUGAAGGUGGCUUGGAUGUUUACUCCGUGUCAAAGCGAGGUGUAGAGCCUCUUGCGAGCCUAAAAGGACUUCGCGGAGGCGUCUAUAAUGCCAAGAUUCUUCCCUGGACAAGUAGUGGAGAGGACAAUGAAGUGUAUCCGCUUGUCGCUGUCGUCGUUCACGGGCCAGUUUUGGCUCCACAAGUCCCGGAUAUAGUCGAGACACGAUACGAUGCCAUGGGCAGCCCCAAAAUGGAGGGCAUCGAUACGCCUGAAUCUGAGACGAGCCAGAGACCGAUCAGUAUGGGUAAACCAUUACCGGCGAUUGAGGCCUAUCAAACCACGGUUGAAAUCUAUUCCCUGAGAACAAACGCUCUGGUCGGGACGCUCUUACACGCGCCUCGGAUACCCAUCAAGUCUUCCGUCCAGAACCCAAUGUUCCGGAGCCCGCCACCCACUGGGGCCCUUCAAAUCAGGGCGGAUGGCGGCAGCAUCAUUGUUUCUUCAGGCACCACUGGCGAGUGCUGGAUCUUCCGGGACUACAAGAUUAGCGAGAAAGCUCGAGUAGAAUUUCGAUGUGUGGGCAAGCUAUGGACAAGCUUGCAGCAAGCUUUGAAGGGCGAUGCAUCUUCUGAAGAAAACCGAAGUCACAAUCCGAUCCCGCCUAGGCAAAGUCCCCAGAUGCCCAUUGUCAGUAUCUCUGGCAGAUGGAUAGCAUACUGCCCUCCAGCCCCCUCUUCGCAAAUAGCGCUCAAUGCCUCCAUCGGUGUCCCCAUUGAUGGCAGAGCGCCCGGACUCAAUACUUUGACAUCACCCGUUCUGCCUAGCGAAAGUGCUGAUUUAGACCAACCGUCGUCGAAUGGUGUUAUGAACAAGAUCAUGAGAGAAACCACUCAGGAGGUGAUCCAGGGUGCGCGAUGGGUCGGAAAACAGGGAAUGCAGCUUUGGAACAACUAUUGGAAGCAGCCAAGCCCACAGUCCCAAAGCCGUUCUCCUUCCGUGGGAUCGCCUCCAUGGACUGGACAAUUUUCUAGCAGGGCGGAAGCGUCACAGUUUCCUCCGACAUAUGGUGUCUCUGGUCAAGCAGUCACCAAGGAACCGGGCUUGGUAUCGAUUCUUGAUCUCGAAAGCCUUGCCAACUCAACUUCGAUUCAUCACAUUACCACCUUUAAAGUCCCGCUUGGAUGCAGUUUCUUGUCAUUCUCUCCAACUGGCUUAUCCCUUUUUACUGCUAGCACAAAGGGAGACGUGCAGACGGUGUGGGAUCUGAUGAAGAUCCAACACAGCAAGUCGUCGGCUCUUCAGAACGGUACGACGCCAUCAGGCGGACAUGCGACACGCGUCAGACAGAUUGCCCAGUUCUCCAGAAUGACUGUAGCCCGGAUCGUUGACGUGGCAUGGACCAAGCCAAACGGUGAGCGCGCUGCCAUGGUCACUGAGCGAGGCACCGUUCACCUGCUUGACAUGCCGUCCAGUGCUUACGUUUGGCCACCACCUCGACGCAGGACAAAGCCCCAAGAGUCCAGUCCGGCAGCAGCAGAGAGCACCUCGGCCGUCAGCAUGGCUUCAAAUGUGCUCACCUCUGCAUAUGGCGCCGCCAAACCAUUGAUCGAUCAUCGCCGCCGAAGCAGCUCCAACGCGCACACAGCAUCUAGCCUCAUGGGCCAAGCUGGAUAUGGAGGCAAGGUGUUGGCUGCUGGAAUUAGUCACUCUCUCGGCAACACUGCGACAGCCAUCAACCAAAUGCGCCAGAAUGCCGAGAACCGCGUCAGUCUACCUAUGAGCAGCCAAGCCCCGGGUAUCUCGUGUGUGUGUUGGAUUACGGGUCGAAAGUACCCCACGCUAUUCGUCGCUGGUGACGGUCUAGUGAGAAUGUUCCCCAGUAAAACUCGUCAGACUAAGAGCAGGACCUCGCGGGGCAGCCGUUAUAAGGACUUUAAGCUCAAGAGCUUGCCCAAUGAUGUCCUUGCACCUAUCGUCAAGCGCUCUAUAGAGCCAGAGGAAGACUUGGACUUCAACAACCCAGACUAUGAUGGGGGAAACACUCUCGUGCUGAAUCCCCGUCCUCGUCCUAGCAACUCUGAUCUCAACCCGGAGUCAUCGAUCCCCCAAGCAGAGAUCGAGACGAGUGCGCCAUAUCAGCCCUUCCAUACGGAUCGUCGGGUUGCUCUCUUCGAGACAAGCCAAGAGAGUGGACAGUCCCCACUCGCCACUGUGACACAAUUGUUGGAUGCCACAACGUUGGACGAUGCUCCAGCACCAUCCCGCAAGUCAAAGAAGAAGCAGCAGAAUCAAGGAGAGAAGACCGAGACCAGAUCGACCGCAUGGGCUUUUGGUCAAAGCAUACCCGCCAUUCAGAUUGAUCUCGGCAUCAUGGUGGAAGAAGACCUCACCAACAGCAGCAUUGACGAGCACCGUGCCUUGCCAGCCUCGGCUAUGGAACGGGUCAUGCAAGUUGGCGAUAACGACGAGCAGAUUGUCAUCACCACUCGUCGUCGUCGGGGCGGCAAUCGAUUGUCGGACGCUGACGAAGACGGCUUCUUUGAGGAUGAUUGCGAGGUUCUUGAUUUUGCCGAUCAGAGAGUCUGA